GGCACUGUCAGCUGGGAUUCAGAAGCUUCUUGUUUUCAGAGGUUUAAGUCAGGCCUUUGCUGUUACUUUGUGUUUGAAGAUUUGGAGAUACUGUUCAUUAUUUCUCAGUCCUGGCAGCUAAUCUCCUGAUGCUGAGGAUGUAGGGUUCAUGAAACCAGAAAAUGUCAGGUCUGACCAAAAGAAAAGACAAACUCAACAACACACAGAGCUCUGUCUAUUCACAGAGGAGUUGGCAGGGCUGAGCGGUGGCAGAACAACUCCAAGCAGUACUGAGGGACGUGCCCGGAGUGGACAAAUCAUGCCAAUUGUCUGCGAGAGGGACCUAAAGCUAAACACAAAAUGAAGAGAGAAAGGGAAGCCUUGUCCAGACUCCCUAGUGCUCCAGGUUUCGUGCGCUUAGUGUGCCUUCUUCUAAUCCACCCAGGUCUGCUGGAAGGCGUCAAUAUCACCAGCCCAGUUCUCCUCAUCCACGGCACAGUUGGCAAACCUGCCCUGCUCUCGGUGAGGUACACCAGCACCAGCAGCGAUAAACCCGUGGUCAAAUGGCAGCUGAAGCGAGACAAGCCUACCACAGUGGCACAGUCCAUCGGCACCGAGAUCAUUGGCAACCUGCGCCCCGAUUACAAGGACCGGAUUAAAAUACUUGAGAAUGGCUCCCUGCUGAUCAGUCACCUGCAGCUGUCAGACGAGGGCACCUAUGAAGUGGAGAUCUCCAUCACAGAUGACACUUUUACCGGGGAGAAGAACAUUAACCUGACCGUGGACAUUCCAAUUUCAAAGCCUCAUGUUGUCCUUGCAUCAGCCACCGUGCUGGAGCUCAGUGAGUAUUUCACCCUGAACUGCUCCCACGAGAAUGGCACAAAGCCCACCUACACCUGGCUGAAGGACGGCAAGCCCCUCAGCAACGACUCCCGGCUGCUUCUCUCCCACGAUCAGAAGGUGCUCACCAUCACACGAGUCCUCAUGUCUGAUGAUGACAUUUACAGCUGUCUGGUAGAAAACCCCAUUAGUAGCGGGCGCAGCGUCCCAAUAAAGCUGACGGUGUAUAGAAGGAGCUCCCUCUACAUAAUCCUCUCCACUGGAGGCAUUUUCCUCCUUGUCACCUUGGUGACGGUCUGUGCCUGCUGGAAACCCUCCAAAAAAGACAAACAGAAGCUGGACAAGCAAAGCUCCUCCGAAUACAUGGAUCAGAACGAAGAGCAUUUAAAGCACGAAGUUGAGAUUGUCCCCCGCAGCGGAGAACAUGAACGCAGGAAUCCGGUCGCUCUCUACAUCUUAAAGGACAAAGAUUCUCCGGAGGCGGAAGAGGAUUCCCCUCUGGAUGCCAGAAUCGCAGCCGAGCAAGGACCACCCAGCUAUUCCAGCUCUCCUCCUGGCAGAUCCCCAGGUCCUCCUGUUCGAUCGGCUCGCAGAUAUCACCGCUCCCCAGCCCGAUCUCCAGCCUCCUCCAGAACACACAAAUCUCCGCCCAGGUCCCCCGGCUCUCCGGUGCGCUCCCGGAGUGCUACACGCAUGCUGCGGACUGCUGGCGUUCAUAUCAUCCGGGAGCAGGAGGAGGCCAACUCUGUCGAAAUCAAAGCCUGAGAGCAUCCAGCUCAUGUGAACAGGAAGCUCCCGCUGCCUAGGAAUGUGUCUCUAACAGGUGGCAGCGCGUUGGUUUCAGGCGUGUGUAUGUCCGCGUGUUCCGGGUGGGGAAUGGGGCCCAGGUACUGCCUGUAGAUAAAGGUGAAUCGCGUUGCUCCGCUGGCUGGAUGAGCCCAGUUUAAAAUUUACUGUAGCCUCAAUGUUCAAGCUUCAGCGGGUUUAAAGACACUAAUUUGCUAUUUAACGCUCUAGAGCAAUCCCAGGCAGCUCACUAAGCUUUGGCUUUCUGGGGAGUCAGACUAAUUCCCCUCACACCUGAGAUCUGUCCCUAUGCAGCUCUACACGUGUAUGUGUGUGCGUGAGAACCUGUGUGUGUGUGUGUGUGCAGCUUAGCAUGAGUAGGCGUGUGUGAGCAGGCAUGCUUCCGAGUGUGACUAGGUGUGCCUGUCUGCCUGAAUGUGCCUCUCCGUGUGACAUUAUGUGAGCCUGUGGGCAAGUACAUUUUGCACAAAGCAUUGCGGGGCUGGUUUCGGAGCUGUGGGAAGGGAGCGGAGGCCCAGGACUCUCAGGACGCUGCUUGGUGAGUCGUUGCUCAUUUACAGAGCUGGCUGCGGGGCUGGCAGGCCCGUUAGAGGCGGCACGCUGCUGAAACUAGUCCAUGCAUGUGCCGGAAAAGCAGGCAGAACGAAAGGCCACUGGGUGGAGCUGACAGCCACAAAGACGCUCACUGUGGGUCCCUGAUCAUGGGACCAGUUCCACAGGGCCCCAGCCGCAGCGUACUUUAAAGCCGCCUCAGAUCUCAAUUUGCUGUGGCCCCGAGGGGGCAGCACCGGGGCUGAGAACAGCUAGUGCAGUAACCUUCCAACCAUGCGUGUGCCCAGGGCUGCACAAGGGCCGGCUUAGGAGCUGGCUGUUCCAGUUGGGACCCCUCCCCACACCUAUGCCCAGGGGGCUCCCCAGCUGAGGGGAACCUGCAGCUUUCCAGCCCUUUGCCCCCACCCGACAGCGCAGAGGGCCCAAAACAGUCACUGCUUCAGCGAGCGCAGAUUCCUGGCCCCACCAGACCCCCAGCCUCGGCCUCAUCUCAGCUCUGCUUGGGGCAGCAAAGCCGGUCAGCUUUGCCAUCCCAGCAGGAGCCGCCCCUUGCCUGCAGGGUCAGCUCCACUGACUGUCACUGCCUUCCUGUAGGGCAGCCCCCCAGGCGGGGGGCGGGGGGGACUUUUGAGGGCCCGGACUGGAACUCCAGGUCACUAGCACAGCUUGGGGUAUGUUCUUUUGCUGUGAAAUAGCUUUAUGUUCCGUCUCUGACAUACGGCUGCACGGACCAUGUUCCCUCGCAGUCCGCUUGCUUCUAGCAUGCUGGGCCCUGGGAUUUGCCUGACAGGUGUCUCGUUAGCCCGACGGCUGCCUUCCCUUCCCCCCGCCAGCUCUGCCAUGUCUCUAUUUUCUGUGAAAAUUGCCUGCUCUUUACACGGACGUUCAGACGUGACACUGGUGCAUAUUCAUGUUUGACUUCUCUGGGGACGGUAGCUUGGAGAAGAGCGUCCCCACCCCCAGCAAUGUGUGGUGAGAGAAGCUGCCAUCUAGCCAGGAGCGGUUAGGGGCCGACGUCCUCCUCACACCCGCGAGCUUGUACUGCAUCCCUGUAAGAGCAGACACUGUUGACUAAUAAACUAAACCUACUACCCUCCAGCCUGGCUGCUUUGCUCCAUUCAUCUGCCACCACUGCCAAACAAAACCUGGCGCCCAAGUCGUGCACGUCGCAGACAGACGGGGCUGGCCUGGCCGGGACCUGCAGCCUCACCCUCGACGUGUAGAAACAUUUGAGGAAAAACUUUAGGGUGAUUUUAAGACUCCUGAGCACCUUUAGCCCACUGUAGAACAGCUUUCCAGGCAAAACACGACCAACACGCCUCUCAGGUCAGGCGCUUUCUGCUCCUCGAGGAGGAGAUGGGCUGAGCUGAAGGCCCAGAAAAACAUCUCACUCUCUGAAGGAGGGAGCUCACAGCCUGACCCAGCUCUCAGCCAGGCCAGAGUAAAUCAGAAGUGACUCCACCACAGGCAGUAGGGCUACACUGGGGUAAAGCAGGAGUGAAUCUGGCACAGACAGUGGGUAUCACUGCAUCCUCUUUGCUGCUGCAUGCCCCCAUGUGUGUCUGCUGAGGGUACAUUCCAGGGUUCGUUGUGCUGCAGGGAGGAACCCGCUCUUUAACUCUUCCCCGGUGAACAGUCGGAGAACUCGUCUGACCUCCUGGGGGGAUUGUGGGAAACCACCGGAGGACCAUCAGCACUGGAGUGAUUUAACCUACAUCCCCUCUGCAAAGCGGGCAGGUCACCAGCCCUAGGGAGAGCGGUGCCAGACUCCAGCCCACCGCCCAGCCCGGCUAGCUGGCCUGGGCUCAAAGCACCACCACACUCAGGGAGGGGAUGGGGUGGAGCCCAGGGAGAGUGAAGACAGACCCUAUGGGAGGAGCUGUCACCUCUGAGCCUGGGACACCCAGGAGGAUCCUGAGCCCACAGAACUGCACAACUAGCCAGGAGUGCUAAGCCCCGGGCAGAUUUCCUGGGACAAGUCCCUCGAAAGAGGGGUGAUCCUGGGAAAACCUGGUCAGGUGGCAACCCUGCAAUUAAAGAGCGUGAAGGGAAGGAGGGAGCAAAGUCCAUCCUGUGUGCCAUGCCCCAGCCCAAAGCACAGGGCAGGCAAAGCCUGAGCACAGCCGGGUCGACUCCACCCCACAGGCCUCAGGGCAGAUCCAAGGGGCCUGUGGUCAGUGUCUGAGCCCCAUCACCUUGGCAGACUGCUGCCAAGGGAGCAACUGGUGCCCAGGGGGGAGAGGAGUGCAGGCACCUGUGGGAGCUGGGCCGAGACCAGGAGGGCGUCCAGG